GUGCUUUCUUUUUUAAACGCCACCGAAGUCUUAACGUGACGAUUUAAUGUUCUGUUACAGAGACCAGGUGAUGUCUCGGCUAAAAGGGUAAGACGCCACGAACAACCCCCAGAAGAGCGGAGGUUGUACGCAGCUUGGACAAGACCGUGCAUGGGACAUUUGAUUGAUUUCGCGUCAACAAGACAACGUUACAGCAAGCAGGGGCGAGAGCACUCGGGACAUCGACGAGGGUCGUCAGGGGGUGCUUCACAGCCGGAAUUAACUUCAGUGAACCGCACAGGCGAGACACUCAACCGUGUCGAGUCCAUUCAGUAUAACUGAAACCCGUAUUACCAUGCAGCGGAUUCGCCUCUGCUCAAAUGUCUACAAUGCAGUGAACUCUGGGUAGGGAAAAGACCAUGAACUUCCAUUGAUGUUCAUAACGCCGCCAAGAAACGAUUUAAAACCACAUACAUUUUGGAAGUAAAAAAUGCCUUCUUUAAAAGCAAAUCUUACAAUAAGUUUUGUCAUCUGUGCAAUAUUAACCACUUGGUUUAAACUCUAUAAGACAUCGACCAUUAAAAAUGUACCACCAAAACUUCACUACCAAAAUAAUAAAUUACAAUUUCUCCCCAAUAAAGAUGAAAUUAACAGCAGCCCAACGACGAAUAUCCCUAUAACAACAAAGCGCCCAAUUCUCAUUUCAACCAACAUCACUUGUUCUACGUCUUUUAAGAACAGCCGAAUCACAAUAUUAAACGGAGGAGAACCUCACACCGUUGGAGACACACUCCAUGUUGAAGUGGCAAUGUAUGACUUUGCGAACAGAAGGAAGCUCUACGGUGGGGAUUUCCUCCUCGCUCGGAUUUUCAGCCCAAGCCUUGGGGCUGCGUCUUCUGGCGUGGUGACUGACCUUGGCAAUGGUGUGUACGAUGUGAGGUUCACGUUCUUCUGGCCAGGAGACAGCAGUCUGGCCUUCACGCUCGUGCACUCCAGUGAGGCCGUGAGCGUGCUGGACAGAGUCCGAGAUACCAUUCCAGAUAAAGUCACUUUCCUGGGGACUUUUGUCAGUGGGAAGUCAAGAGAAGUAACUUCAUGCCACACUUUUCUCAACACAACGAAGCAGGUCUGUGAUUAUACGGACACGCAUUUAAAUGAACCAUGGAAGUGUGAAAAGCCAAGUGAACUUCCUUGUUCAGCUCUUCUCACUAUUAAGUCGUAUAACAAGUACCGAAACGUAUUUAAUGAAGAGGAAUCGAAGUUCUUUACAAGUGAUCGCAUAUGGGUAUCGAAACAACUUGCGUACAAUGUACGAGUUGCUCCAGCAAAUGGUUCAUUUGAAAGCAGUUUUGAAGAUUGCGCUAUGGGUUUUGGAAAUCCAAACCCCAGUGGGUAUUACCUGAGAAAUACGUGGCAAUCUACGUAUUGCAAAACGAAGCAGUUCAAUUCGCCAUUAUCUGUAUUGAACUGCUUGAAAGGGAAAAACGUAAUUCUACUUGGCGAUUCUACCAUAAGGCAGUGGUGGGAAUAUCUAGUUAGUUUCAUCAAAGAUUUACACGUUAUCGAUCUUCACAAACCUGGAAAGCAUCAACCAAAAAAAGCUGUCAAUGAAAGCUACGACGUCACAUGGCAAUGGUUUUGCCACAGCUACCCGUUCAUUGCAUCGGCAGACACUUAUCCAGAAGACCUCAAAUAUGUCGCGAAUCGAAUUGAUAACAUCACCGGUGGGAGCGACACUGUCCUAGGAAUCUGCCUCGGCGCUCAUUACACGCCCUUCCCUCUGCAUGUGUUUGAAACGAGAAUGCGCAACAUUAAAGCGGCGGUAGAAAAACUCCUGAUUCGAAGUCCUGAAACGAAGGUCAUCGUUAAAUUAGCGAACACACGAGAAAAUUAUGGCGUGGAAAUAUUAAACAACUGGGGCACAUUUAGAAUAAAUCAAAUCCUUUUGGAAGUGUUUAAAAACAUGAAGGUUGCAUUUGUAGAUGCGUGGGAUAUGACAGCUGUGCUUAAUUCUGCUCAGAUUCACCCGAAUCCUUUAAUCGUAAAAAAUCAAAUAAAUACUUUUUUUUCUUUUAUUUGCUAAUAUUGGGUCAUUCCUACGAGAUCCAUAACGGAAUCGUUCUGGCCCUGGUUCAUUGACACAUAAUGAUGAUCCUACUUAAAAUAUAAUGCAAAUAUAUUACAUACAAUGUUUACAUAAUAUGUAGCAAAUAAGCAUUUCAAUUCUUGGUUCUUUCGGUAAAGUCACGUAGAAGGGAAAUAAUAAAAUAAAACAUUAUAAAAUACAAUUCUCACGACGUGAAAAUGAGCAUUUCUUAAAAUAUGUAUCUUGUUCAUUGCUCAAACCACUGUUUUGAAUAACUUUUAGAGGUUUUGGUAUCCAUCCGGGUGUGUCUGUGGCAGAGUGCUUGACUAAGAUGCAGGAGGAUGGUUCAAAUUACGUAUUUAUUUUUUUACGAGGGAUGGACUUAUCCCCCUAUAUGUCCAGUAUUCUUAAAUGGUUUUGCCUCCUCGUUAGGUUGAUACAUGCUAUCGCUACGUGGAAAUUUCACCACUGACUCAGAGAUGGCAAUGCAGAAGAGCACCACUGAAUGUUUUUUUUCUUGGUGACGCUGACACUUAAGGUUUCGGACACAACAUUCACUAUGAUGUAUAUAAUCGUGUAAUAACUUUUGUUCUGGUGGGUGUUCUAGUGCAGACUAAAACGUCCGACAUCCAACGAACUUCAACUCAAUCCCAUUCUGCUCCCUAGAAUUCCAGCUAUAAACGGUGGCGAGAUGUUAAAUACCUCGCCUGGUAUGCAGGAAGUUGUGGGUUCGAUUCUGACCCUAACGCCUGUGUAUUUUGAGUUUGCAUGUUCUCCCCGUGGUCGUGUGGACUUUUAUCCGGAUGAUAAGACACUUCGUUGAGCGAUCAUUUGUGGCCAGGUCGCUUCAGAAAACGAGCUAUAUAGCUCCGUGGACCUUAUCUGGUGAAAUAAAAUAGUAAACCUUUGUAAACAGCUCUUUGAUUGGUGUAGACCUACUGCCGGUUACGGAGACCUCUCCCACAUUAACAUUAGCUGCCCCGCCCAUCUCUAAACCUUCAUAAACAGCCUGCCUCAGCAGCUUUCCCACUGUUAUUUCACCUGAUGACGAUUGCUUGUGUUGCAAUCGAAACGUUGUGACAUUUGUAUUCUUUUUUUCUAUCUACGUGGCUUUACCGAAAGACCCAAAGAAUAUGAAUAAAAAAAUUGUCAAACUAAUGUCAACAAAGGAAUAAACUGGAAAUGCAUUGAACUUGAUAGCACUCAAUUUUCUUCGUGGUUUCCAAGACUCAUUAUUCACCUCCAGAUCUAGAACAAGAUUUUAUAUGUUAACAUAGAAUAUAAGGAAAGACUCGGCUGUAAAGUGGCCAAAGCCAUGCAUCUUUUGUUAAGCCUUCAUCUCAAGAGGUAAUGUUAAUUAUAAAAAAAAACUCUAUCCGCACGACUUAUACAUAAUUACCUCCACAUGAGCUGCAUUUUGUGUUUCUAGAUUUUAAGCUUUCGUGACUGCAAGGAUUCAUAUUCUUAGGUUUUUUCGGUAAAGUCACGUAGGUAUUUUAUUUUAUUUUACUUUUAUUAAUUUAAAUUUUUUACCUACGUGACUUUACCGAAAAAACCUAAGAAUAUUUUGUGUUUCGUUUGUUGUCCUUCCCCGCACCUCUGAUUAGCACGGUUUGCGACAUACGGUGACAGGGAUAAGGAGAGGGGGGGCUGGGUGAGGGGCCGGGGGUUAAGAGUGGGCGUCGGCAGGAUUGAAGGAAGGAGGGAGACGUGUAUGAUGGAGAUGUAAAUGAAGGACUGGAAGAGUAACCCAAGGUGAUUAGUGGUACUACUGUCCUAUCAUGCUGUUAAUAAAAAAUAAAGGUGUACUUGGUUGUGUGUGUACUCUAGUUUAAUGUGACUAGUUCAUGCCGAGGUAAGUGGUGGUUGGCCGUCUUGUGUUCAUUGAUUGGACAAGGUGAAUUCAUGUGAUUAGAGUAAAAUAAAUUCCGAUUUAAAGCUUUCCUAACUUCAGGGAUUCAUCUUCUUGGUUCUUUCGGUAAAGUCACAUAGAAGGGCAAUAAUAAAAUGUCGGAAAGAUAGCGUCAUUGGGACGCUCUCUUUCCGACAGUUCUGUUUCUUCACUUGAGGACGGCUGCUUGUGUUGUGGCCGAAACGUCGCGAUAAUUUUUAUUUUAUCAUGUUAUAUUUUUUAUUAUUUUAUAAUUUCCCUUCUACGUGACUUUAGAGUAAAAUAACCCACGACCACCCCCAUGGGAUGGUUCUAUCAGGUAUCUCGAAGUCUCAAUUUACUCAAUCUGGGAAAGUGGAUAUUACUUGGUGUGGCUAUUGUAUAAGCACAGAACAUGCCGCCAAAGUCACCAUCAUGCUAAAUAAUAAUAAUCUUCAUCUGCCAAUAUUUCCAUUGCGUUUCCCCGUCUCAUCCAAAGCCGCAUUAACAACCCAGGCAAUGAGGUACCGUUUACAAAUGUUUUUAUUUUCACAAACCGCCGACCAAAUGCACCAUCUACGCAACAUUCCGACGUCGACUGCUGCCUCAUUGAGUUGAUUUGAAACAAAAAUAAACUUGUCAUACAGAUCUGUGCGUGUGGGACAAACUUGAGUCAUACGGCCAACUCUUGCUCCGGGCGCACCUGACUCGUCCAUAAGCCCGCAGAUGCUCGCUGUUGCGGCAAUUGGGCUCGGAAUGCGAUUCGGCCAGUACCGGGUUAAGCUAGUGCGGGGCCCUAAAUAAAAACAUAAAUAUGAAACACAAUUGGUUAACUUGCAGUAGACCGGGAUGUUGUGUGGAUGUCGCAUGCGGGCGGCGCUUUGGGUUUGAUGUUAUGGACCACAGGCGUAGUUCGGCGUUUCUUUGAUCUUCAACGUGUGCGAGGCGUCACGCGCAUCUCACACGUCGCGAUCGAGCACGGGUUUAGCGAGGUACGUCGUCGUUGUGAGAGAGAGAGGGAGAGAGCCCGGUGCUUCUUACAGUCGGACCUUCCAAUGAAGGUGUUUGCCACGUCUACGACCGCCCACGAUUCUACCCAGGGAGUGGCCCAUGCCGCGUGGCAAUUACAUUCCUGUUUUUGUUAAAACGUUGGACCAAGGAAUGCUCUUUGUUCGGGGCGGUCACGCCUCGCCUUCACGAGAGCAAACCGUCACACAAUGCAUCGGCAGCAACAUUUUUUCUCAUUUAACGUUUCAUAUAAAUGCGUUUAUUUUGUAACAUUUAACACGUAGGCUUCGCGACCAAUAUUAUUCAUAAU